AUGUCGACCACCACCACCACCUCCACCACCACCCUUCCUCCCUCCUACCCCGUCCAAGUCCACCACUACCCCUCCGCCACCAACCCCAACCGCCUCGUCCAAACCUACGAACACCUCCCCUCCCCCAACUCCCCAAACCAAACCCAACCCCAAAACGCCCUCAUCUUCAUCGGCGGCCUCGGCGACGGGCCCCACACCAUCCCCUACCCGCGCCAUCUCGCCGCCCACCUGCUCACCACGCCCGCCCUGCCCGACACCGAUCGCUACGCCGUGUUCGAGGCGCGGCUGAGCAGCGCGUUCGCGGGGUUCGGCACGGCCUCGCUCGCGCAGGACGCGCGCGAGCUGGCGGGGUUGGUGCGCUACCUGCGCGGUGGUUGUGGUUCUUCUGGUUCUGGGGGUGGUGGUGGUGGUGGGAGGGGGAUGCGGAGGGUGGUGUUGAUGGGGCAUAGUACGGGGUGUCAGGACUGUUUGGCGUACGCGGGUGCGUUGAGGGAUGGGGGGGAGGGGUGGGAGGGGGUGGAGGUGGAUGGGCUCAUCUUGCAGGGGCCGGUGUCGGAUCGGGAGGCCAUUGGGGAUGGGGGGAGGAUGAGGGGGAAGGUGAAGGCGUCGUUGGAGGUGGCGGGGAGGUUGGUCAGGGAGGGGAAGGGGGAUGUGGUUAUGGAUCGGGAGGUGAUGCCCAAGGGGUGGAGGGAUGGGCCGGUGACGGCGUAUCGGUGGGCUUCGCUGGCGGGAGUUGGAGGCGACGAUGAUUACUUCUCGUCGGACCUGCCAGACAGCAAACUAGCGGAGAUCUGGGGCAAGCUGGAGCAGCCGGUGCUCAUUGUGCCCUCCGAGAAGGACGAAUGGGUGCCCGCCGAGAUUGACGUCAUGGGACUCGUCAAGAAAUGGAAAAGCUUCUGCAGGCCCGGUAUUGCCAGCGAGCUCAGCGGGCUCAUUCCAGGCGCGAAUCACCGUGUGGACAACGACGCCGGACAGGAGUGGCUCGCGGAUCGGGUGGCCCGGUUCUUGGCUGGGCUUUGA